GCAAGAGAUCGCGAUAGAUAGAUGAGGGAUAUGAAGGAAACUUCAGAGCAAACAAAUCCACCACAUCAUGAGAAUGGAGCAAAACAAUCAAAAAAAGGAGUUGAGCAACAGAAGGUUUCAUUCUACAAGCUCUUCUCCUUUGCUGAUAGGUUUGACAUGGCACUGAUGAGCGUCGGCACGAUUGCUGCAAUCGGAAGUGGGCUGGCAACACCGUUCAUGACUCUAAUCUUUGGUCAGCUCAUUGAUGCUUACGGUUCAUCUGAUAGUUCACACAUUAUGAAAGCUGUUUCAAAGGUGGUCGUCAAGUUCGUGUACUUGGCUGUCGGAAUAGGAGUCGCCGGAUAUCUUCAGGUGUCAUGCUGGAUGGUGACUGGAGAGAGACAGGCCAACCGAAUUCGAUCUUUGUAUCUGAAAACUAUUCUUCGACAAGACAUCACAUUCUUUGAUACCGAAACAACCACCGGAGAAGUCAUUGGGAGAAUGUCCGGUGACACUAUUCGCAUUCAAGAGGCCAUGGGAGAAAAGGUUGGAAAGUCCAUACAACUGGUGUCCACUUUUUUUGGUGCAUUCGCAAUAGCAUUUGCAAGAGGUUGGCAUCUUGCAGUGGUAAUGCUAGCUUUUAUUCCUCUGUUUGUGAUCAUUGGCGGUAUCAUGGCAAUGCUCAUUUCAAAAAUGUCAAGCCGUGUACAAACUGCAUAUGCCGAGGCUGGAAUGGUUGUAGAUCAAACAAUUGGAGCCAUUAGAAUGGUCGCAUCCUUCACUGGGGAGAGUCAAGCCAUUAACAAAUAUAAUGAAGCACUACAAAGUGCAUAUGCAUCUGUUGUUCAACAGGGAUUCAUCUCUGGCCUGGGAAUCGGUUCAGUGCAUGGAUUAAACUUCAGCUGUUAUGGACUGGCCAUAUGGUAUGGUUCCAAAAUGAUCAUCGAGAAAGGAUAUAAUGGCGGACAAGUAAUGAACGUCAUAAUUGCACUAAUGAAUGCAGGAAUGUCCUUGAGUCAGGCAUCUCCGUGCUUGGAUGCCUUUGCUGCAGGGCAGGCUGCAGCAUAUAAGAUGUUUCAGGCAAUCAAUCGGCAACCACUGAUUGAUAUAUACGACACUAGUGGGGUCACAUUGGAUGACUUCAAGGGAGAAGUGGAACUAAAAGAUGUAUACUUCAAAUACCCAUCAAGACCCGACGUUCAAAUACUUUCCGACUUCUCAUUGCAUGUUCCAAGUGGAUCUACUGCAGCUCUAGUUGGAAAAAGUGGAAGCGGGAAGUCAACAGUAAUCAGCCUGGUCGAGAGAUUUUAUGAUCCUGAAGCUGGUGAUGUUCUCAUAGAUGGUGUCAACCUAAAGAAGUUGCAGCUCAAAUGGAUAAGGGAGAAGAUAGGACUCGUUGGCCAAGAACCCAUCUUGUUCACAACAACUAUAAAAGAGAAUAUAGCAUAUGGGAAGGAAAAUCCAACCGAAGAAGAGAUCAGGACGGCAAUUGAGCUUGCUAAUGCUGCAAAGUUCAUUGAUAGGCUACCCCAGGGGCUUGACACAAUGGUAGGUGAGCGAGGAACACAACUGUCUGGUGGACAGAAGCAGAGGAUAGCAAUUGCAAGAGCCAUCUUAAAGAACCCAAAGAUCCUUCUUCUGGAUGAAGCAACAAGUGCAUUGGAUGCUAAAUCCGAACUGGUGGUUCAAGAGGCAUUAGUAAGAAUCAUGUCAAACAGAACGACCAUUGCUGUCGCCCAUCGGUUGACAACUGUUAGAAAUGCAGAUAUCAUAGCUGUGGUUCAUAAGGGAAAAGUUGUGGAGCAAGGUACUCACAGUGAGUUGAUUACGGAUUCAAAUGGCGCAUACUCUCAGCUUGUCCAUAUGCAAGAGGGUACCCAUCAAGCUGAAGAAGGGUCAUCUUUAGACCCAUGUAAUGUAGACCAGAACUCUAUUGUUGAGGGGACCCUGAACAAAUCUGGUAGCCACAGGUCACCUGCAAGAUCCACAAGCAGAGAUUCUUCAAAUGGCAGCAGCAGGCACACCACCUCACCUUCAUUUAGUGUCCCCCAUUCUGUGACCUUGGCUGAUACUGAAAUAGAAAGGGAUGAUCACAGUAAACUAGGUGAGGAUGAGAGGAUACAUGAAAAGGUCUCUAUCAAACGACUAGCUUAUAUGAACAAGCCAGAGGUGCCAGUUAUGCUGCUAGCAUCCAUUGCUGCAGCUAUACAUGGUUUGGCCUUCCCUAUCUUUGGACUCCUGAUGUCAACUGCCAUUAAAAUCUUUUACGAGCCCCCGAACGAACUUCGAAAAGAUUCAAGGUUUUGGGCCCUAAUGUUUGUGAGUCUGGGUUGCAUUACCAUGGUUGCAAUACCAGCACAACACUACCUAUUUGGAGUUGUAGGCGGUAAACUGAUCCUACGCAUCCGAUCCAUGUCAUUUGAGAGGGUGGCUCACCAGGAAAUCAGUUGGUUCGAUAUUCCUGCACAUUCAAGUGGCGCAAUUGGGGCAAGAUUAUCAGUAGAUGCUUCAAAUGUGCGGGGUCUUGUAGGUGACACAUUAGCUUUAAUAGUUCAGAAUAUAGCAUCACUGGUGGCAGGGCUUGGGAUAGCACUUUCAGCUAAUUGGCUACUUGCAACCAUUAUUCUAGUUUUGUUUCCUAUGUUGGGUUUGCAAGGGUAUGCUCAGACAAAGGUUCUACGGGGUUUCAGUGGAGAUGCCAAGGUCAUGUAUGAAGAAGCAAGUCAAGUUGCAAAUGAUGCUGUAGGUGGCAUCCGAACUGUUGCAUCCUUCUGUGCAGAAGAGAAGGUCAUUGAUCUCUAUAGGAAGAAGUGUGAGGCCCCAAUGAAGCAAGGAGUCCGGAUAGGAAUUGUAAGUGGUGCAGGAUUUGGCUUCUCUUUCUUUGCUCUCUACUGCACAAAUGCCCUCUGUUUCUACGUCGGAGCUCUUCUCAUAGAACAUGGGAAAGCAACAUUUCAAGAAGUUUUCAAGGUUUUCUUUGCUUUCACCGUUGCAGCAUAUGGAAUUUCACAGACUAGUGCAAUGGCCCCAGAUACUAACAAAGCUAAGGAUUCAGCUGCAUCUAUUUUUGAUAUUCUUGACAGAAAACCCAAGAUUGAUUCAAGUACUGAUGAAGGUAGAACUCUACCUAGCAUCAGAGGUGACAUUGAAUUCAAACAUGUCAGCUUCAAAUACCCCACUCGUCCAGAUGUGCAGAUCUUCAGAGACUUCUGUUUAAGCAUCCCAUCUGGAAAGACUGUUGCUCUUGUGGGAGAGAGUGGUAGCGGAAAAUCAACAGUAAUUUCAUUACUGGAGAGGUUUUAUGAUCCUGAUGCUGGCCAACUGUUGCUGGAUGGGGUGGAAAUUCAGAGGUUCAGGCUAAGCUGGCUGAGGCAACAAAUGGGGUUGGUAAGCCAAGAACCUAUAUUAUUCAAUGAGACAAUCCGAGACAACAUUGCUUACGGAAAACAUGGAGGUGCAUCUGAAGAUGAGAUCAUUGCUGCUGCAAAAGUGGCCAAUGCACACAACUUCAUAUCAGGCUUGUCGCAAGGUUAUGAUACCUCCACUGGGGAGAGGGGAGUGCAGUUGUCUGGAGGGCAAAAACAACGGAUAGCCAUUGCAAGGGCGAUAUUGAAGGACCCAAGGAUCCUUCUACUUGAUGAGGCAACAAGCGCUCUGGAUACAGAAUCAGAGCGUAUAGUUCAAGAGGCAUUAGACAAGGUUACAGUGAACAGGACAACGGUGGUUGUUGCUCAUCGCCUCUCGACAAUCAAAGGCGCUGAUAUCAUUGCAGUGGUAAAGAAUGGUGUGAUUGCUGAGAAGGGAACACAUGAGACACUAAUGAAGAUAACUGAUGGAGCCUAUGCAUCUCUUAUAGCACUCCACAUGAGAUCUAAAUGAGGAAAAUAUAAAUACCGAAGCAAAGUUUACAGCCAGUGUAUUGCAUACUUACAAAACUAUAAAUUGGCCAGUUUGGACUUGAUGAG